AGGCCUCCAAUGGAAGAUUUUUCACUAAAGGAGACUAAACCCCACCACCUUGGUGGUGGGAAGAUCACCGGAGAUAAGCUCACAAGCACCUAUGACCUCGUUGAGCAAAUGCAAUACCUUUAUGUUCGGGUGGUUAAAGCCAAGGAUUUACCGGUGAAGGAUGUUACGGGUAGUUGUGACCCUUAUGUUGAAAUUAGGCUCGGAAACUAUAAGGGUACAACCCGACAUUUCGAGAAAAAAAUCAAAUCCUGA